GGCUGCGGGUCGCCUGCGGUCACUCAAACCGAGGAAUCUUCUGUAUUCUGAUAUAUUAGUGCCGACAGCCAAUCACAGCACUCUAACCAGUACGUAUCCAGCCAAUCCCAACGCAGGAGGGGCGGGUCUUGCCGGAAUAGGGGUGGAGGAAAAAAUUUGCACGGGCUAGUCCUCCGCCCGAGGAGAGGGAGCACGGACUGGCGCGAGCCCGGUGCUGUCUGCGGUCAGACGGACGCUCGUGUCCGUUAGACGAGGAGCUGAAAAAACAAACAAACAAGCAAAGAUCAAAGGAACAGAAAAAAAGAUCAAACAACGGAACGCAGCUCGAGGACACAUCAAACACAUCAUCCGGACACGGAGCUGGGAGAGCCCGCGCGCCCCCUCUCCUCAACACAGCGACCACCCAUAGAAAACCCAGCAGACCAGCUGCACCAGUAAGCGAUGAGCCCAGUUCCCGGUUCCGAACAUCAAUCUUCCUACAUUAAUUUAUUAUUUUUGGUUUGACACUGCCUCCGUUUAUCCGUGAGCGCGCGGAAUAACCACCCUGCAUAAGCUGUGUUAUAGCCCGGUGUCGGUCCGGCCCGGUUCUGGAGGGUUUUGGACCAGCACUCGGAACGCUUUUCUUAUUUUUGAGUUUGACUUUUUUUUUUUUUUGCUUCAUUCAAAACGACAAUGGUCCGCAACUGGACCGCACGAGACUGCGCUGCAUCCCUGAGCUAACGCUGACAGAACCGGGUCUGUCUAGAACUGGGUCACACUGGGCCUACAGUAAACAGGACGCUUCAGCGUCAGAACUGGAAUCAGUUGGAACGCGGAGAGAGGAAAGUUUCUGGAGGAGAGGUGGUUCGGUUCUGACCCAUCUCAGCAGCAGUCACGGGAUUUCUACAGAGAUUGGACGCCCUUGGCUGCAGAUAUGCUCUCCUUGGAUGAGCCACUGGACCUGAAGUUGACCAGGCAUCCAAAUGGGUGGGACAGAGGCUCCAGGACAUCUCCAGUUCAUGGUAAAAAGGCAGGGCAGCUACGGAUGACUGACGAUGGGACGGCCAUCAUUGUCCCGGCGUCUCCUGCGUCUCCCCACACGGGUGUGCCCUUGGCACCACAGGAGAAGCCUGAAGCCCCCACGCCUCCAGCCGUGGACCUCAGCAUGUCGCCCACCUCACGCCACACAGCGUGCUCCCCCGACCUCGCCAGCGGAAACGGGUCCGCCCACGUCUAUCCAGGAGACUCGUCUCACAUCCGAUACGUCGAGGGAGGACAGUCCUCACAAGGCUUCCAGUUCUUUGUACCAAUCGGGGGAGGAAGCGGGCUCCACCUGCCCUCCUCCAUGUUCAGCGGCCAAUCAAAGGACAAGCGGGCGUCUCCUGAUCUUUCGGCAGAUGAGCAGCUGUACUGUCGCUGGAGAAAGUGCCACUUGCUUUUUGAUUCUUUGCAAGACCUGGUAGACCACGUAAAUGACUUCCAUGUCAAGCCUGAAAAAGAUUCUGGGUAUUGUUGCCAUUGGGAGGGCUGUGCACGGAAAGGGCGGGGCUUCAACGCAAGGUACAAAAUGUUAAUCCACAUCCGCACACACACCAACGAGAAGCCCCACCGCUGCCCCACCUGCAACAAGAGCUUCUCCCGCCUGGAGAACCUAAAGAUCCACAACCGUUCUCACACAGGAGAGAAGCCCUACAUCUGCCCGUAUGAAGGCUGCAACAAGCGCUACUCCAACUCCAGCGACCGCUUCAAGCACACGCGCACGCACUACGUGGACAAGCCCUACUACUGCAAGAUGGUGGGCUGUCUAAAGCGGUACACGGACCCCAGCUCGCUGCGGAAGCACAUAAAGGCUCACGGGCACUUCGUCUCGCAGGAGCAGAUGGGCCCCGGGGCCAUGGGGUCCCUGGUGAAGUCGGCUCAGAUCGCGGGGCUGAAGAAAGAGUCGGAGCUGACCUACGUCAGCGGCGCACACAUCAUCAUCCCGAGCACCGCCGCUCUGCUGGGGGGCCACAACCUGCAGGGCCUCGGGGGGUCCCUGCCCCUUUCGUCCCUCAGCCCGCGGCCCCUGGACUUGAGCACGCUCGGGAGCCCCGGCUCCCCUCCGGCCGGCCUGGCGGGGACCCCGGUCCUGGCCUUCAACGGCUCGGCGCUCGGCCUGGCCAAAUCCACCCUGCUGUCCUCCGCCUUCUCCUCCUCCGCCCUGGGUUUACCCAUAGUGCCCAUGCUGGCAUCCGGCAGAGGGCACAGCCAGGGCAGGAGUGGCGCAGAGGAGGGCGAGGAUGGCCCGGGGGGCGUGCUCAACCUCUCCACGGGGGCGUCUCAUGACCCCCUGUCCUGGGUGGUCAUCCCUUCUGGCCCGGUUGUGUUGAAGCCAGCAGUGGUCAGCUGAUUCCUCGUACCCUGUGUCUCAUACACUGAAAAAAAUGAUGAGUAAAAUUACUUAAAAAAAAGUUUUGCAACUUUCUGCAUUUACUUUUUUUUAAGUUAAUUUAAUUAAGAGAUAAAUUUAAGUAACUUCAACUCGGUUUCAAGACUUUAAUAGAGUUACACAGAGUAAAUAAGUGAACUGAACUUCAGUCAAUCCUUUCUUUUAGUAAACUUUACUUCAUUUCUGUAUACAAUAUUACCUAAUUACAAUUACUUAAUUUAUACAAUAUUAUUAUUAUAUAUAAUUUUAGUUAAAACACACUUUUAAAUAAUUAUGUAAUCACAAAUUAUUUUAUAAACAGACCAGGUCUCACUGUCUCAACACAUGGAGGCAUGUAAUACAUUAUUUUUAGUUUACUAGUAUAAAGAAUGUAUUAUAUCCCAUCCGUGUGUUUUAACUAAAAAUAUCUAAUUUUCAGGAAUUAUAAUGUAUUAUGUAUCAUAAAUUAUUUGAGUAAUAUUGUAUAAAUUAAGUAAUUGUAAUUGUAUUCUUGCUUAAUCAAUCCUUUUUGUUAGUAACCUUUGCUUAAUUAAGUAUACUACUAAAAAUAAAAACAUUGUAUUACAUGCUAUCCAUCUGUUGAGACAGUGAGACUUGGCCAAAAUUUGUGAGAUUAUGUAAAUAUUUGAAUGUGUGUUUAAUAUUGAAUUUUUUUAGUAAUAUUGUAUAAAUUAAGUAAUUGUAAUUAGGUAAUAUUGUAUGCAGAAAUGAAGUAAAGUUUACUAAAAGAAAGGAUUGAAUCAGUAAAAAUAAAUAAGUAAAGUUUACUAAAAGAAAGGAUUGAUUCAGUAAAAAUAAAUGAAGUAAAGUUUACUAAAAGAAAGGAUUGAUUCAGUAAAAAUAAAUGAAGUAAAGUUUACUAAAAGAAAGGAUUGAUUCAGUAAAAAUAAAUGAAGUAAAGUUUACUAAAAGAAAGGAUUGAUUCAGUAAAAAUAAAUGAAGUAAAGUUUACUAAAAGAAAGGAUUGAUUCAGUAAAAAUAAAUGAAGUAAAGUUUAAUAAAAGAAAGGAUUGAUUCAGUAAAAAUAAAUGAAGUAAAGUUUACUAAAAGAAAGGAUUGAUUCAGUAAAAAUAAAUGAAGUAAAGUUUACUAAAAGAAAGGAUUGAUUCAGUAAAAAUAAAUGAAGUAAAGUUUACUAAAAGAAAGGAUUGAUUCAGUAAAAAUAAAUGAAGUAAAGUUUACUAAAAGAAAGGAUUGAUUCAGUAAAAAUAAAUGAAGUAAAGUUUAAUAAAAGAAAGGAUUGACUGAAGUUCAGUUCACUUAUUUACUCUUGAAACAGAGUUAAAGUUACUUAAAUUUAUCUGAAAUUAAAUUUACUUAAAAAUAGCAAAUGCAGAAAGUUGCGAAACUUUUUUUUGUAAAUUGUAAAUUUUACGCAUCAUAAUUUUUUUCAGUGUAGGGGUAUAUCUUUGAGAAGGGUGGGGUUGAGGGUGGGUGUGGCCUGUGGCAGAAAGGGGGUGGAGCUAAGCUGUUUCCUACAACUGAACUGAACUGUAUACAGUGCAGGUGCAAAAGCGCGAGAUAGAUAUGAUAUAUAUGUUCAACGAAGAUUCCUUUGGGACCAAGAAUCGAAUCCAAGAACUGACUUAUAAAAAAAAACCAACAAAGGUUACAUGACACAAAAACACAAUGAAACACAAACACAAAACAGACAAGACUAAAACAGUGGGCGGGGUUUCUCUGCUGGUCAUCACUCGCUGUCUCUGUCAUGUUUACUCUAUAGCUGACCAACACUGAGACCCUGAUAUUCACACCUGGCAUUAAUACGAUGCAAUCCACUGGGAGAUCAGAUUGAUCGUAAGAGUCUUGAGGAGCAAUAUAAUCCCAUCACUUUAAAUCGAUCACAUUCGGAUUCACAUUCAGAUUUUUUUUCAGUGCUGCAAUGUUAAUUAACAUGAUUCUGAACAGAUUCUGAAAUGUUUUUAUAAAGCUCAGUUUUAAUGCUCUUCUUACUAUAAAAAAUGUGGGGUUUGAAUCAGGCUCAGGCUCAUAAUGACAGUUUAUGGGGCGGGGCGGGUCGAAUUUUUUGGGCCCGAUCUAAGAUCUAGUGCCAACACUUUUAGCCAUGACUAUAUAAUAAUAAAUUAUAAAUAAUAUAAAUAAAUAAUAAAUAAACUAUUUAUUAUUAUUAUUAUUAUUUAGUGCAGUGUACAAGAAAUACAUUUUAAUUAAUACGGUUUUUUUUUUAUCUCUGCCGCUCACAAUUGGAUUUUUCAGAAAAAAUGAAAAAAAUUAAUCGUUUCUUUAUUUUCUGAUUUUUCAACUUUUGCAUUUUGCAAGUUGGAUUAUACCAUCAGAUUUGUGUUACAGGAUACAAAAAUGGACAAAUCUGAAAACCGAGAGAAAAUUCAACUUCUUAAAAUUCUGUUUGUGAAAGGCUGAAACAAAAAGUAAAAUGUGGAUAAUUGAAAAAUUGGAUAAAAACACAUUUCUUCUUCACUAUACUGAAUGAAAAAAAUAAAAAUAAUUAACUUUUAUACCCAAUUUUCUAUUUUCGAAUUUAGCUUGACACGGUCAGAAAAUUAAGAUACUACUAAACAUUACACAGACCAUCUCACAGCAGGAUACGGAUUAAAAAUGCCAGGUGUGAACAGGGCCUUUACAUAAUUUCAUGACACAGGUAUCUGUGGAUGCCCACAGAAUCUUUAAAGGGUUUUUUCAGACUUUUUUUUUUUUUGUUUGUUUUAAGGCAGCAGUGUGAAACUAAGAUUAAGGGUCAGAUGGGGUUUAUUUCUUUUUUUUUCAGACGACAAUCAGAGUAUCUUUAACUAGCCUGUAUCUUUAACUAACACAUCCCCAGUUCGAGGCUACGUUUUUUUUUUUUUUAUGCUGGCUUAUACAGAAACCUCGCAUUUGCUGCUAAAAAAAUGAUCUAGCUAACUGUUCAAGAAAUAUAUAUAUAUAUAAAUAUAUAAAUGACAAUCUGUUCUCUGAGAGGGAAAAAAAGAAACAGAAAAAACUCAGCCAGCACUAUUACUAUUAUUAUUACUUACUGUUUACCUGACGGCGGGUCUGAAGCCUGAACCUGGGUAUUUUUUUUUUGGUACCAAGACACAAGACUCAAAAGUUUGAGUUUGAGAUUCCAGAUAAAGAUUAUUAUUAAUAUUAAUAUUAUAUUACGCUAAGCAUCACAUUCCCUGUUCAUUACACAUACAGUAUAGUACACGACUGUGCCACCUGCUGGACACUGUUUUUAUUAUAACUGCGCCUCAAUUGCUGGGAAUUAGCGCAGCAUGGCUAUAGACCUUUAAAUGACAUAGCACAGAGUUUGUGUUGAAAUCAGCCCUCUCGGGACGCAGCUGUGGAGCACAGCCAUGCAGUGCAUUACGUAAAAACACUUACACACACACACACACAUAUAUACAGAGAUUGGUGUGUGUUUAACCGAGCGUUUGAUGGCAGUGUUUACCUCAGAAAGAGACUCAGUCAGAUGCACUGUGUUCAACAAUUCCGCCCGGAUCUGAACGCGCCGAGCGCUCAAUAAAUACGGGAAAUAAAAAACAAAAAAAAUCACACAUUCCUCUUUUAUAUCGCAGUCGAUCGUCUGUUUACACUCUUACUUCUACACUCAAAUCGUCACCUUGUUAACAACUAAAAUCUCAGUGUUUAGGUUUAAAGCAUAACUCCGUAUCUCCUGGUGCUACCCGCUUUCCUCACUUUUAAAACACGAUGUCUAAAAAAAAACAAAAAAAAAUUCUCCUCAGGACGAAUUUUUUUUCCGAACAUUCCUGAAAAAAAAAAAUGUUGCUGGUCGCGCUCUUUGAUGUGUCCAGAGAUUCCGACAUUCCGGGUGAAACCAAUCCUAAUCCUUCUUCUCCUUCUCCAACAUACUGUUUUACGACGCGUGCAAAUACCUUCGAAAGCAGAAAGAAGCUACAGUUACUGAUGUUUGCUAUAUUGUUUGGACGAGACAUUUUUCCGAUGUUGACGUUGCUUUAUCUCAUUUCUCCAAUAUUGCUGCUCUGCAUUCAGCUUUCUCACCACAUCGAGGGUGUAGCACGGAAAAGGGUGUGGGGGAAAGAUGGCUCCUCGUCAGACUUCCUUAAAUCCUCUUUAAACCUCUUCACAGAUCAUCAGACUGUUUCAAACCUAUUCAACCCAUCUUUAGACUUCCUAGUCCACCUUAAACCCCCUCAGGCCUCCUUAAAACUGUUCAAAUCUCCAUAUGACGCCAUCGUCAAACCUCAUCAAGCCUUGUUAGACCACCUUCAAACCCUCUCAACCCCCCUUUAGACUUCCCAGUCCACCUUAAACCUCCUCAGGCCUCCUUAAAACUGUUCAAAUCUCCAUAUGACGCCAUCGUCAAACCUCAUCAAGCCUUGUUAGACCACCUUCAAACCUUCUCAACCCCCUUUAGACUUCCCAGUCCACCUUAAACCUCCUCAGGCCUCCUUAAAACUGUUCAAAUCUCCAUAUGACGCCAUCGUCAAACCUCAUCAAGCCUUGUUAGACCACCUUCAAACCCUCUCAACCCCCCUUUAGACUUCCCAGUCCACCUUAAACCUCCUCAGGCCUCCUUAAAACUGUUCAAAUCUCCAUAUGACGCCAUCGUCAAACCUCAUCAAGCCUUGUUAGACCACCUUCAAACCUUCUCAACACCCUUUAGACUUCCCAGUCCACCUUAAACCUCCUCAAGCCUCCUUAAAACUGUUCAAAUCUCCAUAUGACGCCAUCGUCAAACCUCAUCAAGCCAUGUUAGACCACCUUCAAACCUUCUCAACCCCCCUUUAGACUUCACAGUCCACCUUAAACCCCCUCAGGCCUCCUUAAAACUGUUCAAAUCUCCAUAUGACGCCAUCGUCAAACCUCAUCAAGCCUUGUUAGACCACCUUCAAACCCUCUCAACCCCCCUUUAGACUUCCCAGUCCACCUUAAACCUCCUCAAGCCUCCUUAAAACUGUUCAAAUCUCCAUAUGACGCCAUCGUCAAACCUCAUCAAGCCUUGUUAGACCACCUUCAAACCUUCUCAACACCCUUUAGACUUCCCAGUCCACCUUAAACCUCCUCAAGCCUCCUUAAAACUGUUCAAAUCUCCAUAUGACGCCAUCGUCAAACCUCAUCAAGCCAUGUUAGACCACCUUCAAACCUUCUCAACCCCCCUUUAGACUUCACAGUCCACCUUAAACCCCCUCAGGCCUCCUUAAAACUGUUCAAAUCUCCAUAUGACGCCAUCGUCAAACCUCAUCAAGCCUUGUUAGACCACCUUCAAACCCUCUCAACCCCCCUUUAGACUUCCCAGUCCACCUUAAACCUCCUCAAGCCUUCUUAAAACUGUUCAAAUCUCCAUAUGACGCCAUCGUCAAACCUCACCAAGCCUUGUUAGACCACCUUCAAACCUUGUCAACCCCCCUUUAGACUUCCCAGUCCACCUUAAACCUCCUCAGGCCUCCUUAAAACUCUUCAAAUCUCUUAAAACCUGAUUGAACUCCAUUUAGGAUUCCCAGAUCUCAUGAGACCACCUCAAACCCCCUUCAAACCUCCCAACAUCAUCAAACCUUAUUAACUCAAAUCCCAAUUAAACCUCUUCACAUUAUCAAACCUUAUCAAACCACCUCAGGCCUCCUUAAACAUCUCCAAACAUCCUCAAACCUUUUCAAAUCGCCCCAAUCCUCCUUAGACCUCAUCAAACCUUCUCAACUCCCCUUUAGACUUCCCAGUACCCCUCAAACCUCCUAAACACCUUUUAAAUCCCAUUUAGGAUUUCCCAAACCUUAACACCAUCAUCAAACCUCGUCAAGUCUUGUUAAACAUCCUUCAAACCUUAUCAAACCUGCUCAGGCCUCCUCAAAAAUCCUCAAUCCCUUCCCAGUCUUCCCAGUCUCUCUCAAACCUCCUCAGGCCUCCUUAAACCUUCUCAGACCUCUCCAAACCUCCCGUCAGAAUUCCCAGUCCCCCUCAUACCUUAUCAGACCUCUUUAAACCUCCACUAAAUUUCAGAAACCUUUUCAAAUCUCCACAAUCCUCAUCAGACCUUCUCAAACCUUCUCAAACCCUCUUUAGACUUCCCAAACUUACUCAGACUAGCUCAAACCCCAUUUAGGGUUCUCAAACCUUCUCAAAUCCCAUUUAAACUCACCCCCAAACCUCUUCAAACCUCCCUAAACAUCUCCAAACCUCCUUAAAUCCAACUUAAACCUCACCAAACCUCUGCAGACCUCCCUAAACCCCCUGAAAUGUCAAAUACCUUUGAGAAAGAAGCUACAGUUAUUGAUGUUUGCUAUAUUGGUUGGACGAGACAUUUUCUGAUGUUGACGUUGCUUUAUCUCAUUUCUCGAAUAUUGCUGCUCUGCAUUCAGCUUUCUCACCAUGAGGGUGGAGCACUGAAAAGGGGGUGGAGCACUGAAAAGGGGGUGGAGCACUGAAAAGUGUGAUUAUGUAAAGUAUAAAGGAGCUCCUCCACAGGACUGACCCAGUUCCCCACGGACAGUCAAACCAUGAAGUUCCAGGUCAGGAAACUCUGUUAAAAAGAUGGCUGUGGGCCCACGGUCAGCUCGCUCUAGGUUCUUGAUGAGUGCAGCUCAUUCUUUCACUCUUGCUCUCUCUUUUCCUGAGACAAUUGGCACAAGUCCAUAAUAACGCUUAUAAUGAUGGGCGAUUUCCAUCUCCUGAAACUGGGUGAUAUAAUCUCAAAUCAAUAUCAUGAUUUAUUGAACAAAUUUUACCUAAAAACCCAAAUGAACCUAAAUUAACAUUGACAAGAUCACGUCCAAACAGAGGUUCAGUUCAUUUUUGAUGAUUUGCCCGGCCCUAGAUGUGAGACAUAUGUUUACUGGAAGAUUUCCUGAUAAUGUUAGAUUCCCAGUUGGCGUUUUACUUUCUAAAGCAGAUCAGGAAAGUAAGCCGAGUGCUGCCUGCACUGUGAAACUGGGUCACUGAACCUUCUGUUGAAUAUGCUGAAUACACUGCCCGACACAGAGCUUGUUACCACACACACACACACACACACUACACCUUAUACACAAACACUACACACUAUGGAAAGGGAAAUAUGGGUUCAGAAGAAUGCAGAAUGGCCGUUAUCAUCCUUAAAAACAAGUUAAACUCCUCUAAAUCCUUUAAACAUCUUCAUACAUCAUCAAACCUUUAAAACUCCUCAAAACUUCUCAAAAUUUAUCAAAGCCCCUUAGACUGCCUACAGACUUCCUCAAACCAUGUUAGAUGUCCUUAGACCUCCCUAAACCAACUCAGACCUCCUUAAACCUUCUUAGACACCAUUUAAACCUCCUAAAUCUCCACCAAACCAACUCAGACCUCCUUAAACCUUCUUAGACACCAUUUAAACUCCUAAAUCUCCACCAAACCAACUCAGACCUCCUUAAACCUUCUUAGACACCAUUUAAACCUCCUAAAUCUCCACCAAACCAACUCAUACCUCCUUAAACCUUCUUAGACACAAUUUAAACCUCCUAAAUCUCCCCAAACCAACUCAGGCCUCCACAAACCAACUUAGUCCUGCUAAAACCCUCUCAAACCCCAUUUAGACCUCUUAAAUCUCCCCAAACCAACUCAGACCUCCUCAAACCCUUUCAGAUUCCCAUUUAGACCUCCAAAAUCUACCUAAACCAACCAAACCUCCUCAAACCCUCUCAGACCUCCUCACACCCUCUCAGACCCCAUUUAGACUUACCAAAUCUCCCUAAACCCAUCCAAACCUCCUCAAACUAACUUAGACCUCCUCAAACCCUCUCAGAUCCCAUUUAGACCUCCCAAAUCUCUCCAAACCAACUCAAACCUCCUAAGACUUCCUCAAACUAACUCAAACCUCCUCAAAUCCUCUCAGACCCCAUUUAGACCUCCCAAAUCUCUCCAAACCUCCUCAGAUCACGUAUAACGCAUCCAAACCUACCCAAAGCCCUUUAGACCUCCUCAGAUAAACUCAAACCUCCUCAGAUCUCCGCAAACCCUUGUAGACCCCAUUUAGACGUCCCUAUCCUCAUCAGAACCCAUUUAGGAUUCUCAACCUUCAUUAGACCUCCUCAAACCACCUUAAAACUUCCUCAAAACUUCUAGAAACCUCUUCAGACCUACUAAAAUCUCCUUUAAAAAGCGCAAACCUCCUCAGACCACCUUAAACCUCACAAGACAGACAUCCCACAAUCUCUCUAAACCUCCUCAGACCUCCCUAAACCUUCUGGAUGUCCUCAGACCUCCUAAGACCUUGUUUCUCUGCUCCACCCUCGAUUUCUUCGGGUCACUCAGACGGUGAAUCUGAGGAAGCUGAAUAUGACACCGACCCGGCAGGGUCCACACGGUUAACCCUUUGAGCACUGAGGGACAUUAGGAGCUCGGACAGAGCGAAGAUGAAGAUGAUUGUUAUUAUUAUAGAUUAGCAAUAACUGAUCUCAGCGUGACGGAGUGUCACGGUUAUGCAGUAAAUGAUAAAAAUGCAGUAAAACACAGCGUCACUGAGAGGCAGCGAAUCUACGGUACAGUCUGCGCUCUGACGUGACGACGCUCUUCAUUCUCGCUUCAGAAAAAUCCGAACAAAACCAAACGGGAACGGGAAGCUGAAUGUGCCGCAGCGGUGCACAAAGGGUUAAUGUAUGACUUUGGCCAGGAAAGGCCGGUAUCAGUUUUUUUCUUGUUGCACAUUGAAAUAUUUUAUCAGUAUUUCCUUUUUGCCAAGUGCCUUUUUAUUGUAGGUGAAAUGUAGAAAUACAAAUACAGUAUAUGAAAAAUAAAUAUAUAUAUUUUUUCCGAGCGUUAUGUUCUGAAGCCGAACAUGCAGAAUUUUAGAGUCGUAAAAGUCUCCAACUGGUACAACAUAGGCGUGUGCUCCUGUUUUAGAGGAAUUUUAUUACGAUAUUGAUAAUGAUGUCAAUGAAAACGAAAGAAGCAAAUGUUUAAUAAAGCUGUAUUUGAUAUAUUA